UGUGCAUAGUAACGUGAGAAUUUAGAGUUACUUGCCCUUGACAUGUGUUUGUCAACAUGACGGAAAAUCAAAUGUGUCCUUCUCAUGUUAGCUCUACAGCGAGUAGUAUUUUGUCUAAGGUCGGAUUCGAAGUUUACCCUUUUAAGAUUGGCUGGUACAAUGAACAAGUACAAAAGGUGUUUGCCCUGCCGUACCCGGAGGACACCUUGGCAUUCAUCGUCAUCAGUACACCAGAGAUGUUUGAAAAAGCCUUCAAGCCUUUCAUCUGCCGCCAGGCCUGCACAGGUGUCCGUGACCCCAUCGACGAAUGUAUGAUGCAUCAAUUCAGCCUCAUUAAACAGGAAUUUCCUGAGGGAGAAGCUGAAACAAUUCAUGACUUUGAAUUGCAUCCAAAUCGGCGCCCAAAAGUCCUUGUACAGACUGCAGGCCAUGUUGCUGGGGCAGCCUACUACUACCAGGCAUCUGAUGUCAAAGGGAACCCUUGGGGUGACAAGAAAAUAUAUGGUGUGAGCGUACAUCCGAAAUAUGGAGGCUGGUUUGCGUUACGAGGAGUCAUAAUAUUCAGAAAUGUGCUUCAUCCAGACCUCCCCCGGAAGGACCCCCCAGAUGUAGUGUCCACAUCAUCACUACGCAAGGAGCUCCUGGACAGGUACAACAACAACUGGCAAGACUGGUCAUUCAGGGACGUCGUGCCAGUCGCUCUGAAGUAUUCAGAGGAACAAAAGUUGUACUUUUUAACCCCACCUAAGGACAGGAAAGAGCUCAUCAUGAAAAUAAUUAAACAGGAGAAAUUCAUCUAGAUCGUCACAAUUGAGAGUAAUUGUACUUGUGAGAAUCUUUUGCACUUGAAGAUAAAUUGUAACCUGUAGUUUUAAAAAUGAAGGCAUAUCAUUACACGUUUUGUUUUCCAGCUCCACAUUUUGUUUUCCAGCUCCACAUUUUAUUUUCCAUCUCCACAUUUUAUUCAAUGCAUAUUUCUACCGGGGUGUUUUUUUUAUUAUACAAGCAGCUGUUAGCAGUCAUGUUGUUAUAGAACUGCUGAUUUAUUUAUUUUUUCACCUUAGUUUGUUAACAGUUUCAUUAUCAAAAUGUUGGCCAAGUAGCUAGGGGGAUCAACAUUAGAAAUGACAUGGUUGAGGGUCCAUGUUAGAAUAGGUCCACAGGGCUUGUGUUGGAUCGGGUGGUCAGGCUCGGUGAUUUGGUUGGGGAUCCAUGUUAGAAUAGGUCCACAGGGCUUGUGUUGGAUCGGGUGGUCAGGCUCGGUGAU